AUCAAACCUAGCUACCAUCUCUCUUUAAUCUCUAUAUAAACUCUUAAGUAAACAUAUAUCUUCCACCAAAGCAACAAAGAAUAAUAAUAUAUCUUCCGCCAAAGCACAAAAGCCAUGGCCUGUAACAAGAGCUUUUCCAGCAAUUAUUUUCAAUUGACGCCAGAAGAAGUUGGCUUCUUUGAUCUGAUUCACAUUUUGUUCUCCACCACCAAGUUUGAGAAAGGAAAUAAGUUUUUAGAUAUGUCUAAGGUAGAGGAGAUCAACUUCAGGCGCAGAUGGUUUAUAUUUCUGUCCAUUUUGGGUCAAAAAUUUCUGCAGUUUGUGUCAAAGCCACUCUCAGAGUUGGGGUCGGGUAUCGAAGUGGCUUUGAACCUUAUACCAAGCAACCGCAAUGUGUUUAUGCUCAUGCUCAAUUUCCUCCGAGGGAGGGCGGUAAAGCCAGAUAAAACAUCGGCAACAUUUCUGUCAUUUAUAGGGAUUAUAGACAAGCGGGUGGAGUUGGACAGUAGCAUCAAACAUGAUGAUGCCAACUACCAUGCAGCACUCUGUGCGAUGGCUUCUAAAGCAUCAUAUGAAAACAAUGCAUGCAUUGAAACUAUUGUCAAGAAUCACUGGAAGAUGGAGUUUUUGGGAUUUUAUGACUUCUGGAAUGAUUAUCAAGGAAAAGCCACGACACAAGCCUUCUUGCUUCGUGACAAAACUAGUGACCAAGACACAAUUGUUGUGGCCUUUAGAGGAACUGAACCCUUUGAUGCAGAUGCAUGGUGCUCUGACUUUGAUUUCUCCUGGUAUGAGCUUCACGGGGUUGGCAAACUUCAUGGUGGCUUCAUGAAAGCUUUAGGGUUACACAAGAAUGAUGGUUGGCCUAAGGAAGAAGUCAAACAAGAUGGUAAACCACCCCGACCCCGAGCUUACUAUGCCAUUAGGGACAUGCUAAAUAAACUUUUGAGACAACAUGAUGAAGCAAGAUACAUAGUGACAGGCCAUAGUUUUGGUGGGGCUCUAGCAAUUCUGUUUCCAGCGGUUUUGGCUAUGCAUGAUGAAGCAUGGUUAUUGGAGAGGUUGCAGGGGGUAUAUACAUUUGGGCAGCCAAGAGUAGGAGAUGAGAAAUUUGGAGAGUUCAUGGAAAAACAAUUGAAAGAGCAUCGCGUUCCAUAUUUUAGAAUUGUUUAUGGUAAUGAUAUUGUGCCUAGGUUGCCUUAUGAUGACAAUGUCUCAAUGUACAAGCACUUUGGGACAUGCCUCUACUAUAAUAGGCACUAUGAAGUGAAGGUUGUUGAAGAAGAACCAUAUAGGAAUUACUUCUCACCAUUGGGGGCAAUACCCAAGAUGAUAAAUGCUUUCUGGGAGCUGAUUAGAAGCUUCACUAUUUCAUACACCAAGGGACCAGGCUACAAAGAAAGUUGGCUUCUAAGAAUUUUUAGGAUAAUUGGUUUGGUACUUCCAGGCGCCCCAGCUCACAGCACCCAAGAUUAUGUUAAUGCCACCCGGUUGGGAUCAUCAGACGUCUUCGUCCCACUUAAAGACAUAUGACAUGAAGAUCGUACAGUCCUUAAAAGUUUGAGCAGGACAUAAAGAUCCUUAAUUAGAAUAAAUGUGUGAUUUUGGUAACAAAUAAGCUUAAGAUUAUAAUUUUGUCAAACUGCUAAUCUGGCUUUGAAUUGGAAAAACCUAAAAUCCGGCUCUGGGAUGUUGAAGUUUGUA